AACAAUGCGCCCUUUAUGCAUGCGGCAACAUCACAUGUAGGCAAUGUCGUGCAAAUUCAAACUCCAGCCGGUCACAUAUACGAAGGAGUGUUCAGAACGUUUUCUUCACAGUUCCAGAUCGUGCUGGAAAUGGCACAUCGCGUUGAGAUCGGCCCCGAUCAGAAGACAAAAAUUGUUGUUGAAACGUUCGUCGAGAGGCUGAUCUUCAAACCGAACGACAUUGUCACGCUCGCAGCCAAGGACGUCGACCCGGAGUACGCAACGCGUGAUACCUUCAAAACUGACACGGCCAUUUCGCGCUGCAACGGUACGAACUGGCUCGAAGAUCGGGAACUUGAACCGUGGGACGAAAGCGGUGGUCUAAAUGGCGACCCGCUCGAGCACAGUCUCGAGCUGGACUCGAACGCCGACGGUUGGGAUGUGAAUGAAAUGUUCCAUAAAAACGAAACGAUUUACGGUGUGCACUCGACAUUUGACCAGUCCCUGUCCGGCUACACGGUGCAGAUCCAGAAAAAAGACAGCGAAGAGUUCAAGGUGCAGGAGCUCGAGGCGGAGAAGAUCGCCAACGAGAUUGAAAACAAUCCGGUGUACAAGGAGCGCAUCGACGUAGAGAACGGUGACGAAGAGGCCGCCUUUGCCGCCGUCAUCCGUCCGAGCAGCAACGCAAGUCCGCAACCCGCCUCGGUACAGCAGAGUGCGGGCGGUCCGGCCGGUCCGGCUGUGGACAAGAACUCAAACAGUGUCAGCAGCAGCAGUAGCAGCAGUAGCAACAGCAGCGCCAACGGCGGUACUAUCAACAGCGUUAGCAACGGUAACAAUAACCUAGCGAGCAAUACGAACAACUCGAAUAACAAUACGGCCGCAGCGAUGCCCUCGAACACGAAAUAUAUCGUACCAGCCAAACGCAAACCCGGUCAGGGUGGCAAGCUGGUGCGAAGCACUCCGCCACCUCUGGCUAAUAGCAAUAACAAUAAUGGUGGUCCGCCGGUGGUGUCUUCUCAGCAGCAUCAACAGCAGCAUCAGCAGCAACAGCAACAACAGCCUCCUAGUCCACAGGCUCCGCAUAAGAACAGUUACGUACCAAUGAUGUCCCAGCAACAGCAGCAGCAACAGCAACAACCGCCUCCACCGAGCAGUCAGCAACACGGUGGUGGUGGAAUGGGUCAUCCACCCGGGCCACAAUAUGGCAUGCACACAAAUCAAUCGCCCUAUGGGCACGUGCAGCAUCAGCAGCAACAACAGCAGCAGCAGCAGCAACCUCCACAGCACGGUCAACCAUCAGUUAUGGGCGGCAACAAGAUGAACGGUGAUGGCCGAGGCGAUAUGCCCGGUGGUCCUCCUGGAGGUGGAGGAGGUGGUGGUAGCGGGGGCAACAUGAAUGUAAAUAACAAUCAAAAGCCUCUUCCACAGCGUGCGGUGCGGCAAUACCCGAGUGCACAAGCACCGGUCUCAUACAAUGAGCCGCCGCCAUCGUUAAAUCCGCAGCAAAUGCCUGGACAGAUGCAGGCCAUGUCCACCAAGCCCCCGAUGCACAUGACGCAUCCAAUUCACGCGGUUGUACCGCCCCACAUGCCCCCGCCAACGGUAGUACCAACUGAGCACGUCGUCAUCCAGCAACAUCCAAUGGCAAUGCCGCCUCCAGUGCAACAACAACCGCCGCCACCCCAGCAGCAGGCACAAGUACAGGCGCCUCCACCUCAGCCACAACGCACCGUUGUCGUGCGCAAUCGUGACAUGGAGAUCGACAAUCUGCGCAAGUUCGGUCAGGACUUUAAACUGGCCCCACCGCAGCAGCAACCGCCGAUGCCGAAUGUUCACCAGCAGCCGCCGCCACCAUCCCAGCAACAGCAAGGACCUCCCUCGCAUAGUGUCGUCGUGCAGCAGCCUCCUCCAUCUCAGCAGCAGUCAGACCACUCAUCGCCACCUUCGCUCGAUAGUUCGCCACCACUCGUGAACAACCAAUCACAGGGCAAGAUGGUAUCACAACAGCACAACGAGCCGCCUCCCCAGGCACACGCCCCACAACAGACCCCAAUGAACCAGCAGCAGAACCAAGCUUCCCAGACGGCCUCUGGAAUGGUGGUGGUUCCGGCGCAACUUUCCUCACAGUCGCCACACAUGGUACAGCAACCGCUCCCGGUGACACAGCAGCCACCACCGCAGCAACCUGGCCAACAGCCGCCAGUGGUUGUCUCUCCGCCGCAGGUUCCACCACAGCAAAGCAACCACGUGGGUGGUGCACCAACGGGUUCCGCAAGCGUUGGUAUUCAGAAUGCGGUUGCCAGUACGGGACCGGCCGGCGGAGCGCCAACAAACAAUGCGAACGGGUCGAGCCCCAGCGACAGUGCAUCCGCAAACGGUGGCACUAACGCGGAACAGAAACCCGGUACUGCCACCAAGAAAGUCUUCACGUUGAAUCCGGCGGCCAAACCGUUUACGCCGCGUAGUCCUAGCACCCCCAAUCCGUCACGCCAACCAACCACUAACAGUAACAUAAGUAUCAUUAAUGGUAAUCCUUAUUUCGCACGCCCACUGAAAAGUCACACGUCUUCUAGCCCGCACACACCGCAAACGCCGGGUCCGGCCGCGUUAGCGCAGGGUUCGUUCCAGCCGCCCUCGCCUCACGUUAUCCAGCAGCCAUUCGUGAUGCAGUACGUGGUGAAUCCGUCCUCAUUCCAGGCCGCUCAGCAGCAUCCGCAUGCGGCCCAACCGGCCCGUAUCCGCAAUGGCCGACAAGGUAGCUACCGGAAUGAAUUUUUUUCUGUUGGAACCUCUCAGAUGCAAGUGGCCGCCGCAACAGGACAGCCUCUGCUGGCGCCUAACCCAAUUCAAAUGCUCGCAGCACCAUACGCUCAGGCGAUUCACGCUCAACCCUUCCAAGCUGCGCCGCCUUUCCAUCAGCAGUAUCGCACGAUCUACGACACACCACAGCCUCCACUCCAAUUCCUUGCAGCCACUCCUCCCUCGACCACUCCCUCGCCUGGCCAGCCGCAUCAGCAGUAUCAUCCGGGACCACAGCCUUCACCGGCCGGUGGUGGCCCUCCGACUUACCAGACAGUGCAUCAUCAACAACCGGGCCCGUAUCCGAUCUCAAUGUGCCCCAUGCCACAGGUAGUGCCGACGCUCUACCAGAAUAUUCCGUCAGCGCCGCAACAGAACCAUCACCAGCAGAACUUACACGUUAUGCACGUUGCCCAGCAUCCGUCGGCGCAGUAG